AUGGCCACCGCCUCGCUUCGAUACCUGAGUCCAAGAUCCGUCGCGACCAUGUCACGUCUGGACAACACAAUCAUCCCCGUCCACGAGGACCCUCCCACCGAGCCCCUGUUCGCAGCUUCUGUUGCUGACAUGCAGAGGGCGACAAGUAGCAACCAGCGGGCCAAGAAUCAGUUCCGUCCUCGCGCCGGCAAGGGCGGAGCGACGAGUUACCAGCUGCGCCAAUAUGCCGAGGUCACGCUGGGCGGUGGCAGCUUGAGAAAGGCCGUCAAGCUGCCUGAGGGCGAGGACGAGAAUGAGUGGCUUGCCGUCAACAUGGUGGACUUUUACAAUCAGAUCAACCUCCUCUAUGGAGCCAUCACCGAGUUCUGCUCGCCCCAGUCGUGUCCCGAGAUGAAGGCAACCGACGAGUUCGAGUACCUUUGGCAGGACGGUGAUAACUUCAAGCGGCCGACCAAGAUGCCCGCGCCCGCCUACAUCGAGCAGCUCAUGACGUGGGUGCAGUCGAGCAUUGACAACGAAUCCGUCCUGCCGAGCAAGAUUGGCGUCCCGUUUCCAAAGUCGUUUCCCGCGCUCGUGCGCCAGAUCUUUAAGCGCAUGUAUCGCGUCUACGCCCACAUAUACUGCCACCACUAUCCCGUCAUCCGCGAGCUUGGCCUCGAGCCCCACCUCAACACCAGCUUCAAGCAGUACGUGCUCUUCAUUGAUGAGCACAGCCUAGCCAGCGGGCGGGACUACUGGGGGCCCCUGGGCGACCUCGUGGACAGUAUGUUGAGGAGCGACUGA